UCAACCAUAUUGCUGUAGCACCAGAGUCACAGGUGGAGCAAGAAGCUAAUCCAAGUCUCAACCCUGAACAGCAUAAUUUCAGUUGUGUUCAUGAAAGUGGUGACAUGGAAAAAGCAAAUCAGACUUAUCACCUAUCACAUGAGGAAUUUGCUUUGUUCAGCCAAGCACCAAUUUCUGCAAAUGGAAAAGUUGAUGAAAGGAACCAUACAGGAAAUGGAGCAGAUCAGGGCAAGACACUCGUAGCUAAGUCAACGAGCCACUCACCAAAUUUGCUGAAAGAUCACAAUAAAUUAAUGUGUGAGCAAAAGUUUUCUGAAAGAGUCAUAACAUUUUUUGGAGAAAAGGCCAAAGAUGCUAAGGUGAAAGAAAAUGUCAGCUUUUCUGUGCACGGUGGCAAUGCAGUCAAGAAACGAAAGACGCGAUCAUCAUCUAAAUCGAAAGCCAGAAGGCGCAAGCAGCGUAAUGUAGAACUUGUCAAAAAGAAUUUGCAGAUACAUAAUCCAGACAUAAAAACAUCAGAGCAUGAAGAAACCAGGCAGAGUACAAGAAUGAUUUGGAUGUCUGAUGAAGAGAUAGAACGACGGAAGAAUUUGUACCUUCGACUCGUUUCACACCAUAUAAACAAUGGUCAAAGGAUUCAAGGUCCAAUGCAAGAGUUGCUGUGCCUCAUGGAUCAGGUGGCUGAUAGAGAAUACAGAAAUUAUUCAAGUACUUGGCAGCACCCAUCAGAUCUCACAACUAGAAAUUACUGUAGGAGGAAUGCAAGUUCAUUCUGCAAGCUUAAUCUCUACGAAUGGGCCAACAGCAAUGGGCGGUUUUGCCGUUUCAGUGGAACGCCAGAUCACUUUAGGUGCAGUCCUGUACUUUAGUCACAGAAUGCACUGUCAGAAUCAGUUGUGCUCUUCUGACAUAUUACAACAUUUGAAGGUUCAUUUUGUGCGGGUUAGACGUCUGAAUUACUGUUGGGAUAUUUGAGUGUGUAUAUAGUCCAUUACAACAAAGUCUUCUGCUUGUGAGAGAAAUUUCUUAGUGGAGGUUUUCAUUUUUGCUGGAAAAUGCUACUGAAUAUCUGGAAGAGGUUGGUGGAGGUAUCUUUGUUCAAUAAGAGUUGGAAAAGAUUACAAGUCUUUCUUAGAUUAUGCUUGGAGCAGACAAUGCUAUUGGUCUCUAAAAUAGUUUCAUUGACAGCAUAAAAUCAUACAAAAAACAGUAAACAUGAUUUGUUGUCAUUUUAUUCUUGUGGUCGAUUGCACAAUCAUGAAAUUAAAUAUUUAAUUUGUGCCUGCCAAAAUUCAGUAGCCAGUGAGAAAUGUUACACUUUCAGUGGUCAUGGCUGUAAUACAGGACUGUACUCUGAAAUUAUUCUGUAAACUUGCAGACUCUGAAGUCAAUUAUUAAUGUUUCUAACUGGAAAUGCUUCAUUUUAGAAAUUUAAUCCAACUCCUGAGUAUUGAGAAGCAGAGCUUUAGUUUGAUUUGUUUUUAUUCUGCAGACUUGGAAGUUUUUUUUUGCAGCCAUUUGAAAUAAAUAACUAGCAAUGGAGUGUAAUUAAUUUUGGUUCUUUAGUAGUUUAGCUUUUUUUUACUAUUAAAUAUUAUAGAGAGGAAACUGUUGCAACAAAGUUUUCUGUCUGCCUUUGAAACUAGAAGUUCAAAAAUUAAAAUGGAGAUUUCAUCCAUAUAUCUUUAUUUCUGUUUGAGAUAAAACGCUAGAAGUACAAGUUAUAUUUAGUGACUUUUUAAAUUUCACACAGUAAUAAUUAAAGGAAAAUUAUUCCAAACUGCAACGAGCUGAAACCCCUGGCCUUCCAUGUCUUGCUGUCAGUGUCAAGUAACAAUCAAUAAUAUUAAUCAUAUAGGUACCAGACAUGCAUUGAAAAUGAAUAUGAUUUUGAAGAUAUUCUUGAACCUGAUGGUGUGUACUAGUGUUGGUAUAUUACAUAACUGAUUUACUCUACAGUAAAACAAACUUUGCAGAUGUGCUCAAUUUACAUCCAAGCUCCAGUAGGAAAACGUAGUUGUUCAGCAAAGCAUAUUCAUGCCUUUUUUGGAAUUCUAUCAGGCAUUUUUUGAUCUUGAAUUGUCAAAAGUGUUUAAUUUGUUCUUUAAUAGGCUAUUAAAUCCUUUUGUAUUUCCACAUUAAGCACUUUAACUAACUACAACUAAUUGAUCCCCUCACUUAUUACUACAGAGUUUAAAUGGUAUGCAAUUAAUGUGAAUGAUGCUUGCUGUUAAUGUAAUAGUUUACCUGUGUUAUAUAUUUGUUCAGUCAUCUCAAAGCUAUUUUGUGUGAUAAGUUUCUUUUCUUUCUAUAUUCAUCUAUUCAGUUCAUAUUUUUAAUACAACUGUUGCAUUGAUGUGAUGUGGUUUUGCUUCAUGUUAACACAAAGAUUAUGAUGUAAUGUCUCGGUUAGGUUCAAUCUGUUUCAGACUGUCAAAUGGUAUUGAACUAAUAUGCAUUUACUCGGGUAUAAUUCAGGUCAUUGGAGACACUACUGCGAAUCAAACCAGAUUCAAAAUGCGUAUUAGCAUAACAGCAUUUUAAGUGUAAGCAUGCCUGUCAUAUCAAUUAUUAAAUAGCCUCAAUAUUGCAUUAUCAUAUUGUACAAUUGGAAAUUGCAUCAUGUUAACUUACAAGAUUUACAAUGGUACCCACAAAGUAUUGGUGUAAUAUAUUUGGAUGAUGCAGUAAUAGUGAUACAUUACUGAACCCGACAUUUGAGGAAUGAAUUGCAUGUCUGAUUGUUGCAUCCCACAGGCUCAUGAUAACUGAAUCUAUGUCCUGCUUCCCAAAUCCAAAUCAGCCUCUUUUGAUAUUUUAGCUUACCAGAGUUCACUUUCUUGAUAGUUUUAUCUGGAUGAGGAAUUUCCUCCCUCAGCAAGUGGAUGAGUCUUUGCCUCCUAAGCAGUAGCAUUGCAGAGAGGGCAAUAAGGAACAGGUUUGUGGUAAUAUCUAUGUAGGCAGGCCAUUUUAGUCUCACAUGCCAAAUGGUUAUGAUGAAAGAAAGGGAUAGGAUCACCAGAUUUUGCAAAACCAUCUAAUAAUGCAAUGCGUGUAAACUACUGAUCUUCUGAAUUGCAUGUAAAUAACAAGUAAAUUUGUGUUUAAUGAGUGUGCCUGAGGUCUCCUAUAGUUCUGCUUUAUAGGUUGCCCCUUAUUGUGCCAAAGCAGCCUGGUUCCCACAAGCAGAUUGAGGAUUCUAGUCUGAAAUGGAAUGUUAUGGUCUUCACUUAACAGCUACUUAUUGCUUAAUAGUUUAAACUGUUGAGGAAAUGUUUUCAUGACUAGAAAUUCUAAAUCAGCUUCCAAAAACCAUUUGGUUGCCUGAAUCCCUCAGGCUAUUGAAAGCAAAAUUGCAUCUCAUUGAAAACACCAUUUGACCAACAGAACAUGUCAUGAUGAAAAGUUGUAUCAUUGAGGUCUUCCAUUACCGUAAAGUUCUCUUUUGUCAUUAUUGUAGAUUUGUGCUACAAAAGUCAAUUAAAAACUUAUUUCUACCAUUUACUAGCUAUGUAUUUUUUAACUUUGUUUAUUGACAUUUCUCUGGUUAUGCUCAAUACAUUUUGCAAUAAGUUCAGUCUGACAGAUUGUAUAUGUGGGUACUGCUGGUGUGCUAUCCUUUUCAUUUAUGAAAAUGCACAAUGCUAAGAAAUUCUUACUACUUGUGAUAUUUUAUGUAAGCAGCAGUAUAACCAAGACUGUACUAUUUCUAAAUGAUUGGGUUGCUUUUAUCAAUAAAAAGAAAGGAGUAAGUGCAUAAAUGUGAGAUUGCAACUUCUUCCAAAGGCAGUUGUAGGAAAACUGUCAUGAUAAUGGGUUUCUUGCACUGAAGUACUGCAACCUCGUGUCAGUGCACUUUGUGAAAUUUCUUCUUCACCCGGUUGAUGGAGAAGGAGUACUAUAAAUGUAAUGGCAAUUCUUCAUAAGAUCAUGGUCACAGACAAUGCUUCUGUGAAUGCAAAUUUUAGUUUUAUUCCCAUUCUUUCUCCAGAUGAAGUUAGUGCCAUGAAACUGUUGUUGCAAUUAGAAACCCUUCAGUUCUAACUAAUGCUUCGGUUCCUCAUGCACAUGAUUUGGUUAUUUGUCUAUUUUUUGGGAUCUUGCUGUGUGCAAUGUGGAUGUCAUCUUUACACUUCAAAAAUACUUCAUCAAUUUUAAAGUAGUUCCUUCCUGACUAGAAUUUUGAAAAUCACUUUUGCUCCUUUGUAUUACAAUUAACAUUAGCAGAUGUUAUAUGCAGGUAGUUUGAAACAUUUAGUAUGUAAUGCAAAUGACAUGUUCACUCUGUUUUAAGUUGAAUUAGAAUUCUGUGUA